AUAAAGCCUAAAAAUGGAACCAUUGCCAACAUAAAAGACAGCACCCAAAACCGGAGGGAAAAAUUGGUAUGCACAAAGAACAACAAACCAAAGCAAUAACAUAACAGGUAAACCCUCAUAAAACCCUAGAAUUUCGCUGCCUCUUUGUCUCCUUCCCCAAAUCAAUUCCACUUCAACAGCAUCAAAUUCACCAUGUUCCCUCCCAACCCCGCUCUUCUCUGGCCCCUCCGCAUCGAAGCCUCUCAAAAUUUCAGCUCAUGCGACCGCUGAUACAGAUUGAAGCAAUCGAAGCACCGGAAAAAAAAGGCGCGGCAUUGGUUUCCGGUUUUUGGGUUUUUGGUUAUUGUUUGUUUGAAUUUUCAGUCCCUGUUCUAAGUCGGGGAUUGGAAAUGGCGCGGGUUCUUCGAAAUGCCUCCGUUUUGAGACGCUCCCUGUUUUCUCAGUUGCAGUUGCAUAAUUCGAUGAGUGAAUUAUUUGGAUCAUCUGUGCAGAUGAGGGGUUUUGCAGCCAAAGGGAAGAAGUCGAAGUCAGAUGCUAGUGAUUCAGGUGAAGAGAAUUUGUCCAAGAAAGAUUUAGCAUUGAAGCUAGCUAUGGAUCAGAUCGUCUCAUCAUUCGGAAAAGGGUCCAUUAUGUGGCUUGGUCGGUCGGAUGCUCCUAAAAACACUCCUGUGGUGUCUACAGGGUCAUUUUCUUUGGAUCUUGCAUUAGGGAUAGGAGGGCUACCUAAGGGACGCGUAGUGGAGAUUUACGGCCCCGAAGCUUCUGGGAAAACAACCCUUGCUUUGCAUGUGAUUGCAGAGGCUCAAAAACAGGGAGGUUAUUGUGUCUUUGUAGAUGCAGAGCAUGCUCUCGAUCCAACUCUAGCCGAGGCUAUAGGAGUCAACACACAAAAUUUACUUCUUUCACAACCAGACUGUGGCGAGCAAGCCCUCAGUCUUGUUGAUACAUUGAUACGAAGUGGUUCUGUUGAUGUUGUCGUCGUAGAUAGUGUCGCUGCUCUCGUCCCUAAAGGCGAGCUCGAUGGUGAAAUGGGCGACGCACAUAUGGCGAUGCAAGCAAGACUCAUGAGUCAGGCGCUUCGCAAAUUGAGCCACUCGUUAUCUCUUUCUCAGACAAUAUUAAUUUUUACUAAUCAGGUUCGAGCAAAGCUGAGUACUUUUCCGGGAUUCGGUGGCCCCACAGAAGUUACUUGCGGUGGAAACGCCCUGAAGUUUUAUGCCUCCGUGCGUCUCCAUAUUAAGAGAGUUGGGCUCGUUAUGAGUGGGCGAGAGACCAUAGGAAGCCAAGUCAGCGUCAAGAUCGUAAAGAACAAGCACGCGCCGCCAUUCAAAACCGUAAAAUUCGAGCUUCAGUUCGGCAAAGGGAUUUCCCGGGAAGCUGAGCUCAUCGAAUUGGGAACCAAACACAAGCUCAUCACCAAGGCCGGCGCAUUUUUCUACAUGAAUGGUUUACAUUUUCAGGGCGCGGAGAAGCUCAAGAAGUACUUAGCUGAAGAAACGAGCGCCAGAGAAGAGCUAAUCGCCAAUUUAAGACAAAAACUUGUAGGCGAACCGAACUUAAUCCAAGAAGUAGAAGAAGAAGAAGAAGAAGAAACUGUUGUUACCACUGACGAGGUUGUUGAAUCCAACAUUACAGACGAGGAAUCCGCUGCUGUCGAGGCGUUGUAAUGAUUCGUCAUUUUCAUCGAGGUGAAUCUUAAACAUUUUGGUAAAAAGAAGGAAGUGAUCGAUGCUCGAUCUACUGCUUUGCUCGGAAAUCUCUCCUCGGCGGAGGUUAGUUUUAUUUUAUUUUUUUAACUUGCUGCAUUGUGUAUGCUUUUAAAGAUUUUUAUUUUGGUGUAUAUUCGGCGAGGCGUAAUAUCUUCGGAUUUGUUCGAAAAAAUCUAUCUUUCAUGUGUCUUUUUUUUAUAAAAUUUGUUCGGACACAAUGUGCACUUCUCUAAGGUUAGGUCUCCCCCUUUUUUUUA